AUGCUCAUGAAGAAGAUGUGGAUAGUGGAGGAGCGCAAGGACAAGACUGUAUACCGUCGCCGCUGUCCGACGGGCGGAGAGGUCCUCUCCUUCUUCUUUGUCUCGGCAUGCGCUCUGCUCUUCCUGCUCAUCUGCACCAUCCUCUACGGCACGCGCACACAGAACCCCUCCUUACCACCGCUGGUUAAGGAGUAUAUGCCCGCAGGACGCUGUCUGUGCGAGUUCAGUACUACUUUCUCAUGCGACACUUGUCUGGACUGCGCCUCCAAUCAGGCUAUCCUCCUGGAAAAUGCAACCGAGUUGGAAGAACACAACUUGUGGACUUUCACGUAUCCACGGGACAAGAACAACUAUGGCCUGGAUGAGGCACAGUGUGACAGCGCGUUUCCAGGGCAAUAUGAGGACAUUGAGCGCGCGGUCAAGGUGCGGAAUCGCUGGGGCAAAGUGACACAGGCGGAUCUCAACAGCUUCGAACUUACCAAGGGCAUGGUCAGGGCUAUGAUUUAUGACAGAGAGCUCUACGUCCUCGAGACUCACAUGGUUGAUAAUAUCAACCGCCAAAAGGCUAUCGCAACUCUCAGUGCUAUAUACCGCGCCGUUCUCGCUGCCCCCUCAUCCACCGAUAUCCCAAACAUUGAGUUUGUCUUUUCCGUUGAAGACCUUCCUGCUCAACCUGCGAAACCGAUAUGGUCCCUCACACGCCGCGUCCAAGAUCACAACCUGUGGUUAAUACCCGACUUUGGCUUCUGGAGCUGGGACAUGCCUGCGUUGGGUACGCUAGAAGAGGUUGCACACGAAGCGGUACAGCGGGAAACCGUCGAGCCGUGGGAUCAGAAGAUUGAGAAGCUGGUUUGGAGGGGCAAGAUCACAUUCGCACCCAAGCUGCGGAGAGCGCUGCUCGAUGCGGCCAAGGGCAAGCCAUGGAGUGACGUUGGACAGCUCAAGUGGACCGAUCCGAACUUCAAGGAGCAGUUCCUUGGCCCAGUGGAUCAGUGCAACUACAUGUUCAUUGCCCACGCGGAAGGCCGUUCCUACUCCGGCUCCCUGAAAUACCGCCAACUCUGCCGUUCUGUAAUUGUCUCACACAAACUGCAGUGGAUCCAACACCACCACUACCUCUUCCGCUCCAACGGUUCGAACCAAAACUUUGUCGAAGUAGAACGCGACUUCUCCGAUCUCUCCUCUGCCAUGGAAGACCUGCUGGACCACCCAGAAAAGGCAAAGCGCAUCGCAGACAACUCAGUACAAGUGUUCAGAGAAAGAUACUUGACGCAAGCUGCUGAGGCGUGUUAUUGGCGCAAGCUGAUGAAGAGGUGGCGAGACGUUGUGGAUUGGGAACCACAGCUAUAUUCCGGCAUUGGUGCUGAGGGCACUGAUCGGAAUAGGGAGAAGAGGAGGGGUGUUCGCUAUGAGACAUUCAUGCUUUACGAACCCAAAGUCCAACUCAGCUACCCUGAGUCCGCUAUGUGA